AAAAAAAAAUCGCUAGCGGUUACCUACUUGUCUCUUGAAUUUUCGUAAAAUAUUUCAAUAAAUUUCGCCGAAACUUGAAAUAAAUUAUUGCCAAGUUAAAAUCUACAUCAAACACUGUCCAUUGCUGUGUAGCUAGAAUUUUCAAGGUUAUAAAAUCGUCGUAAUUCAUCAAUAAUGUCCGAGGCAAAGAUGACCGAGUUGCGAAAAGAUUUAGAUGAGUUGAAUGAAUUACUCAAACUCGCUAAACGCAAGAAGGUUCAAGAUUUCCUGUCCUUAGAGAUCAGAAAAUUAGAAACUGAAUGGAUAUCAGUAAAGGAAAGCCUGAAAACGGAACCGAUGGAAGUUACCCCUACACCUAGCUCUUCUGUAACACAACAAAAAAAGAGAUACCAAAUAAAAUUAAAUGGAUAUGGAUGGGAUCAAUCUGAUAAAUAUGUAAAGAUUUUCGUAACUCUCAAGGAUGUCCAGAAUGUGCCAAAAGAGCAAGUCUUCUGCAAACUCACAGAGAGAUCUAUGGAGCUACAUGUUCAAGAUUUGGAUGGAAAAGACUACUUGCUAGUUAUCAACAAACUACUUAAUGACAUCAAUGUUGUAGACAGCCAUUGGAAACAGAAAACAGACAUGGUAGUUGUAUUUUUGGCAAAAUCUCAGCCGAACAUCAAGUGGUCUCACAUGACUGAAGUGGAAAAGAAAUUUGAAGAUCAGAAGAACAACAGGUUCAAGCCUGCUGACAACAUGGACAAUAAAGAUCCACAAGAGUCUAUUAUGGGUCUCAUGAGAAAUAUGUAUGAAACCGGUGAUGAUGAAAUGAAGAAAAUGAUAUCAAAGGCAUGGUACGAGAGCCAACACAAAAAGAGAACUGAUACCUUGGAUCUUUAAUGCCCUAGAAACAAAUUCUAGAUGUAAGUUUAAUUUGUGUAUGAAUGUAGGGUGAGUGAAUUUUUAGAAGUAUAGAAACUUCUUUUUUGUAUAAUUUCUCUUGACACAUGAGAAUUAAUUGUAUGCUUAAGUUUAUAUAUAAAUAAAAUUCAUAUUAAAUAUGCUAUACACUUUUUAUUUAGAGUAAACAUUACAUAAACAUCCA